AUGGCCACGCCCCCACCCAAGGACGCAGUCGGGAUUGGGCAGACAGGGGGAAAGGGGGCGAGGCUUAGGGCAACGGCUGUAACGGCCGCGCAAGGCAACCAACCGCUGAAACUUCCGCGUGCGGCGGCGGCGCUGUCACUUCAGCACCAGGAAGUAGGUGGUCCAGCCGGCCAGCAGCAGCGCCCCGAUGAGCACCGUGUAGCUGAGGAGCACGAAGGCGAGCAGCUCCCGCAGCAGCUGCAGCACGUGGACGGUGGACGAGGCCGGCAUCGCGCUGCGCGGGAGACCUGGGACGGUCGGCACGCUGCCGGGCUGGCGCCGUCCCAGAGGGGCGGACGGGAACACACGAGGCCCUCGAAACAGCAAACGAAGGCUAGGAAGCCCACAGUGCCGACCUCCCCAACAGCCUCCUGGACGCUCGCUUCUCGGUUACACUGGAGAAUCCUUCUCAACCCAAACUGCCCUCGUUCUUUGGCUCUGAUCCGGGCUGAGGAGUCAGAAGCCCGGCUCUUCCCCGCGCCCCGCAGCUGCAUGAGUCUUCCUCCCGGCUCGCUCCUCCCACCACCACCUCCUGCAUUUUUAAUGCUGUGAGUGCCGCUAAUGGGCUGGUGGAGUAUAGCUUUCUUUUCCCGUCACUCAAGCUGCAGCCCCAGCUGCGGCCCUGGCUGGAAGGGGAAGAGGAGACCCAUUUUGGCAGGAGGAAGGCACAGGCCCAAACCUGCCCUUCUGUGAGUCCCCUGGCCCCAAGGCUUGCCAGCAGCAGAGAUGGAGGAUCUUUGCUUUGUGGUCCGGCAUGCUUGCCUUCUGGCCAGCUGGAACUGCAGGGUGCCAGGUGGUGGGUGGGCAUCAGUCCGAUCCUGGGCUCACCUCCCCCACAAUGCUCUGUACAUCUGCCCCAGCCCUGCUAACUUCCACAAGAGACGGCAUCAGACAGUAAGAACCCCACACCAGCUCAUCAGACAGUAGGAACCCUACAGCACCUCCAAAGCUGCUUUGCCCAGCCACUCCCCGCAGUGUCGGGCACUGGCUUCCUUCUCUCCCCACCUCACUUACUUGGCAAAGUUUCCACGACUCUUCCACCCUGAAGCUCCGCGGUUCCGUCUGCUCUGGUGCCCAAAGGUAGCUUGUGUGUAUUGCGCGAUCUCGGUAGAACUGAGAUUUUCAAGCAGCGGCACUCAACUAGGUGUGGUCUAGAGACCAAUUACAACCUCCGCGUGGUCCCCGAGCUCUUAGCGAGCUGCGCACAGGCGUUCCCAGCCCAGACGGGGCGCUGGCAACCCUGCACGCCCUCCGCCUGUGUCGCCACCACAGCCCACAGGGCUCAGAUGUGGUUUCACAGACCCAGAUGGGCUGAGCAGGCGGUACACUAGUGGGUAUUUCAAGCCCCUUCUUGUUUUUUUCUGAAUGUUGUAGGGGGUUAUGGGGUUAUAGUGCCAAUAGUUUCGUUUCUAACAAACACAUUGAGAGCAGUCCCAUCUCCUCCUCGUCUGGGCACCAGAAGAACCACUGGACAGUGUUCACUUGCGACCGCCCAACUACUAAAGCAAAAGCUGUUGUCUUAAAAAAAAUGCAAGUGCAAACACGCACGUGUGUGAGAACCAGGCUUAAGUGACCGAGAUCUCCUGAGUGCUUGAUUCCGGUUUACAAAGUUUCGCAGCUUACAGACUCAUUAUACAGGUACCUUCCCAAUGUGACACUUCCAAUUUCACCUCCACAGAAUGUGAGGCAAAAGGAGCCAGUAAGGAUUUCUGCAAAGAACAGACACUUUCCCAGGUGCAACAACAAAGGAAACGAAAGCAUAAACUAUGCUGCUUCUGAUUAUUUUGCUUGUUGCAGUAGUUUUUAGUUCAAGACUGUUUUCUGACCUUUGAAAGAGCAGGCAGUGUGGACAUCAACCCUUUUAUCAACAUCAUCAUCCAGAAGCAAAUGGCUCCUUAAUUUAAUCAGGAUCUCUUAUUAUCAAAUUAUUGCCUUGGCCACAGUGAGGCUGAAAACAGGAGCAGAACAUUAUCAAGCUGCUCAGGAAGCCAGUGAGUAGUAAUUACUCCCCCAGAGAACUGGUCAUCUUCCGUGUCCUACCUAGUGGAAACGGAGUAUAGCUGAGAUUUAUACCCUCCUCCACACCAAAAUAAUGGAUGAAACAGACAGGCUAUUAAAAAUAGGCCUGAUUCUGUUCCCUUUUAACUCUCACAUCCUUCAAAUGGAUGUCUCCAGGCAGUUAAGUGUUCUAGCCUUUGCAGCUCCUUGUUACCACCCGAUUUUGGGUGUUUUACAGCAACGGAGUAACUUAAGCUAAGAAACACUAUGUGGCUUGAAAUUCACACUAAUCCAUUUAGAAAUGAAAGAACCAGAAAUUUUAAAUAACUGCCUUUUUCUUCUGUUGUCUGACAAAAAAGGUAUCCUUUAUUUUCUAUAGGAUGUCAUCAUUAAACCACAUGACUGAAUAUAUCAGACUCUACAAUAAAUUCAGUCUAAAGAUCAUC